CUCGUCCUACUGACGAUGUAUAAAAGCGACGUCACACCACGCAACUCCGUCUUCUUUAUACCGGGUUUAUCAUAUGCAUAUCCCAGAAUGAGGUGUCUAGCGUUAACGAUCUUCGCCCUCCUAGGGACAAUGUGCCUCGGAAGGGACGCCAACGACGCCCGGAUCGUGGCUGCUUACUCCACCCGCACUGCCAUCACCCUGACGACGAUCACCUCCGUGCAGCCCUACACUUGCUUCCUGUACACCAACGCCGUCGCCUGUCAGAAGAGGAGGCUCCGCAGACAGAAGUCCCUUCAACAGUCCAUCGAUGAAUUCGCUGAUCUUAACGACAAAGCCAUCCUGGAAGGCACAGUCGAGGAAGGUUCGGAGGCCGAGGGCAGAGCGCUCGACUCCAAGGAUCGUCAGGGACGCAUCGCCCUCACCGUCUGGACAACCAGCUCCUCGACGUAUACCAUCACCUCGACAUCCAUCAAUACUGCCGUCACCUACUCUCUGUCCUACUACUGUUCGGUUUCUGGACUUCCAGUUGCUCCAGCUUGCGGCUAGUGUGACGUAACGCUCACAGUUGGAUCGAAUCCCUGGACGCCCAAACGUUGUCUCUCCCAAGCAAUUCCUGCCACAAGCAUUUCACAUCUUUCGUCGAACUGCCUUUGUUUCCAUUUCCUUCGGCGAAUGAAAACAGAGGCAAUGACUUGGUCGCGAGUUCUCUUUGAGUUAUUUAUUGUCGCAAGUUGUACAUAAGGGUCGCAAAUCUGCAAGAACACGCUGUUUUACAAGAAAA